AUGGCCAUCUUCAGAAACGCUUCUCGAGCGAAAGAACAGCACCCCCCACACAUGGAAAACAGAAAAUCCCACCACCAGGAAGACGAACACUACAAAGUCGACACGGGCGCCAUCCACGACCCGAUUUUGAAGGCCGUCAACGAAGCGCAGCCUUUUGAAGAGGCCACCGCUGGCCAUUUUGGCAGAAGACCGUCCUACUUGUCCCAGGAAAGUGGCAACUUGAAAGACGCUUUCGGUCAGCCCAUCCGCCAGGCAGACAUGCUGAACCCGGCUAGAUCAAGAAACGAGAGGCCCUUGGACACCAUCAGAGGGUUUGAGUACGCCAUCACCGGCGACUUGUCGUAUAGAGACCAGCUUGAGUCCAACCGUUUGGGAUGGGGGUUCCACGAGGAUUUCCCCCACUACAGCUUACAAGGGCAAAGUGCCGACGGCCAGGACUACUCGAGGCCCGUGGCCAGCUUUAGUGGAGGCGAGCAGGCGAUGUACCAGGCGAACAACUACAGCGCCUCGUCGUUGAGGCCCGAGGCCAAGAAGAAGAAGAAGGGUCUUUUUGGCCGCAAGAAGAAGUGA